UUCAUAGAGAAAUUAUUGUUUGUUGCAUCGGCCUUGUCGUAUUUGACACAACGGUUGACCAGAGACCAAUACUCUAAGAGAUUUCCUGUUUAUCCUUCAGUGCCUUUUUCCAAUAUUAUAUGGUAUACAGACUGCUGCGACCUGGGAUUGAUGAUGGUUCUUUGUUGUCAGUGCCUCAAAUAUAGACGGUCUCGUCACUUGUUCCAAACGGUCUCCAUUUCUCUUGCUUGGAUAGUCAUAUUAUUCCUCGGUGUCUCUUUCUUGAUUCUUUACAACGCCACAAUUAAUUUCCCUGAAGAUAUUGGUCGAUAUGGAUUGCUUUACAUUGAUUUUGUUGAUUGGAUUUGGAUAUCUGGUGCUAUUUUUGGAAGUCUGAAGUACACCUCGCAGGUUUCGUUGAAUUGGAUUGGUAUGUGUACAAAGGGACUAUCAUUGGUGUCACUGGGAACCGACCUUCUAGCAGUAUCUAUUCAACUAUUGGUGAGGGUCAUGAAGCAUGAUCAUAGAGAUGAAACAUUCCAUUUCGAUCCGGUAGUAAGUAAAACAAAAAUGAGUAUAGCUCAACAUCCAGUGAAACAAGAACUAACAGGCCAUUCAUAG